AUGACCUCCGUCCAAGACUCCCUCAUCUUCGGCAACAUCUUCUCCACCCGGGAGUCUGCCGCGAUCUGGUCCGACAAGACGCGUACCCAGUGCUAUCUCGCCUUCGAGGGCGCUCUGGCCAAGGCACAGGCGCGACUGGGUAUCAUCCCGCAAAGGGCCGCCGACGAGAUCAUCAAGUUCUGCCUGGAUAUACGGAAUGUGGAUUUUGACCAUCUCCGCCAGCAGACCGAGCUGAUCGGGUACCCGGUGCUGGGCCUGGUCAAGCAAUUGGUCAAGCAUGUCAACGAGGUCGAGCCGGGCCUCGGGGAGUGGGCCCACUGGGGAGCGACCACGCAGGACGUUACGGACACGGCGACCGUGAUCCAGCUGUGGGACACGCUGAGCCUCUUCGAGAAGUCGCUCGGUGAGAUCAUUUCGUCGCUUCGCCACCUGGCCGACGAGCAUAAAUCGACUCCGAUGGCCGCACGGUCGAACUUGCAGCAGGCCGUCCCCGUGUCCUUUGGGUUCAAGUUGGCCAGGCUGCUCGCGACCUUCCUUCGACACCGCGACCGGCUCAAGGAUGUCGAGGGGCAGGUGACGGUGCUGGAGUUUUCGGGGGCCGCAGGGACGUUGGCGACACUGCCUCCGACGCCGGAUCUGCCCUUGCUUGGCCUCGAAUGCCAACGCGAACUGGCGAAGGACCUGAACCUCCAGGUCCCCGACAUCGCGUGGCACACGGAACGCGACCGCAUCGCCGACUUCGGCUCGCUGUGCGCCAUGCUCACCAGCACGUGCGCCAAAUUCGCCCUGGACGUCAAACUCAUGAUGCAGACGGAGGUGGGCGAGGCGUCGGAACCGUACGUCCCGCACCGGGGCUCGAGCAGCACGAUGCCGCAGAAGCGGAACCCCAUCUCCUGCGCGUACAUCACCGCCAUGUCGGCGACGGUGCGGCAGCUGAGCGCGAGCCUCUUCGAAGCCAUGGUAGAGGACCACGAGCGUAGCACGGGACCCUGGGAGAUCGAGUGGAUCGUACUGCCGCAGCUCUCGACCUUGACGCACGCCACACUCAAGCAUACGGCGGAGCUGAUCGCGGGGCUCGAGGUGCACGAGGACGCGAUGAAGAAGAACCUCGCCCUUUCCAAGGGCGCCAUCGUCAGCGAGGCUGUCAUGAUGGGCCUGGGCAGGACGCUGGGCCGCCAGUACGCCCACGACGUCGUCUACGACCUGUGCCGCAAGGCGCAGCUCGAGGAUCGCGAGUUGCUCGACCUGCUGUGCGAACAUGACGAGAUCAGCAAGAAGAUGACCCGGCAGGAGUUGGGCCAGUUGUGCGAUCCGGCCAACUAUCUCGGAUACAGCGAGGCCAUGGUCGAGAGGGUCCUCAAAUUGGCUGACGAGCCCCUUCAGCAGAGAAAGCGCAGUCUGGUUUGA